AUGCAUUUAAUUGAGCUCGAUAUGUUUUCUUAUAGUAAUGGCCUUUCAACUACCACAGUUUCUACCGUACCCGAUGUCCCAGAUCAGAUGACUUCAUACGGCGAUGAGCCAACAUGCCCAAGGAAUGAAGUGUACAACGAGUGCGGCAACCGAUGCGAAGCGACUUGCGAAGACACCAGCGAUGAGCCAAGAAUUUGUCCAGCAAUAUGCGACCCACCUGCAUGCGCUUGUGCAUCAGGAUAUUACCGGAAAAACGGACAAUGCGUUACAAAGCAACAAUGCCAAGCAGGCGGUAGAGCAAGCAGAAUAAGGUCGCGACGAGCAGCAGCUGACUCAAUGACUGGUUACGGAGAUGAACCCAAUGUUCCACUUGACCCUUGUUUCUCAUUCCCAUGCGCAGCUGGACAAAGUUGUGUGCAGGAUGAGAAUGGUGCAAGAUGUGUAUCGCAAGGUGUCGUCGCGCCAGCACGUUUAAAGAAUAGCAACGCAUCACUAUAUAUGAAUAAUUUAAGCGUGCAUUAA